GUCAGGGCCUGAGUUAGAAAUUCAGUUCAAGAGACGCUCUAGAACGUGUGAAUGCGUCCUGAAACAGUUGCACUUUUAAUUGUUACGACAAAAUUGUGUUAAUACAGUGAUGAAAACGUGUUGUGUUAGAAAGACGAUUAAAGAAAAUUAGUAAUUUAUUAAUGGAUGUUGAACAUUAAUUGGUUCAAAUUUGAAUUGUGAAAUAAGAUUUUACAACGUGGAAGAGAAGCGGAACGGGACACAAACGAUGCCAAAGCAAUGCAGGCAAAAUUUUGUACUUCUUCAUUUCUUAUUUCUUCAAUAAUUUCUUCUGUAGGAAUAGAUUUUACAUAGAAAUGGUGACUGUUGCAUCGUGUCGAUAUUGCAAGAUCGAUAAAAAUCGCACGCAUCCGGGUUUAACAAUUUUUAAAAAUAAAAGCCAUGGGUGACCGAAUGUAAAAUAAAGAAAAAAAACGUAUUCACGGAGUGAAUCAGUGUCAGAUACGUUACAACUGACGUGAUGUUAUUAGUACAUACCAAUGAAACAAUGGCGUGUUAAAUUAUUCAUGAGGUCAUUGUUGCAUCGUAACGCAGAUUCAAACGUCGAGCAAUUUGAGUUGGCACAACGUGAAAGAAAGGCGAGAAGAAGAAGAAGAAGAAGAAGAAGAAGAAAAGAUCACGCCGCAUCAUCGUCACCAUCGAGAGAUUUGGACUCUGACUGAUACUCAAAUAGAAUCACGGUUGAUAGAAAAUCGCGCGAACAUCCGACACAAUAAGUUUCCGGUAAAAGAGAAGAAAAGAAAAAGGAAAAAAGCGGUCAAGUGGUGCGCUAUACGUAGCUUGACACGGUUCCACAUCGGUAUACGUGCUGAUCGUUCACAGAUUCUGUAGUUUAUUGCGAAAUCGAAGAAAACGAGAUCAUCCCUCGAGUGCUGAUCGACUCUGUAUUUCUUUCUCUCUCUCACUCUCUCUCUCUUUUUUCUUUAAAAAUUCGAGAAUAGCAAGAGAUAUACUUUCUCAUAUACUUACUCACCAUUUGCCACAUCUUUCAGAUGCAACGAGAGGAACGUAUUGACGGGAAGAGAGGGGGAGGUGUUCGUUAAACUUUUCACGAUUCCACUGGAACGAAGUUGGUCCAAUUAAUGCGAUUACCAUGCACCACAUUGGAAGCUCCACAAGGAUGUCGUAACAAGGAUGAUCAAAUUUUAAUUCGAAAAGGGAAUCUUAACAGCACCUUGGGAUUUUAACCUCGCCCUGCUAAAAGGACGGCUUGUGCGACUAAGUGGUCGUGAAAAGGAUAGGGAAAAAGGAAAAAGAAAAGAAAGUAAAAAAAAGAAAAAGGAAAGAGUGUAUUACGUUUGAUAUGAAAAGCAGAAAGAGAGGAAUAUUCAUGAGGGAAAAAGAAAGGAAACUCUAGACUUCAGAAGGAUUUCCCUUUACCAUUCAAAACAGCCGGAAGGAAACACAUGUGGGAAACAACGACAAAACUCUUAUAUGCAAAUCAACAACUGUACCGACAGUUAACAGGGAGUGUGACGAUCAAAGGGAUUGAAAACUUUCAGUCGUGUACAUGUGCGUACACGACUUGAUCGACAAUUAAACGGGGAAGAAAAAAGGAAGGCGAAGAAAGGCAAUUUUCUCAUUUAAAGUACCCACAAUAGAGGAGAGUUUUGCGGGAAAACUCGAGCUCUCCUACGUACGUACGUGGAACGGACGGUUUCCCGGUGAAAAAUUCAAUUGCCGGCUUGAAUCACAUCCCUCUGAUAAAGAAUCGCCAGAAGGCUCUCCCUCGCUUCCCACCUUUUCUCUCCUUCUCUCCCUCUUGAGAACUCCCUCUGAAAGAAUAACCAGUCCAAGCUUCCAGUUUCGAGAAGCGAAUCUACCUGAAAUUUAUAAUUGACAGGCCAUCGAAUACCACUUUCCUCAAGAGAAAAAGCAAUCUCGAUCUUGAAAGACGUUUGAAGAGACCAAGAAACCGAUCAAUCGUUCAGACACUUGUUACGCGGUUCAUAAAAAAGGGAGAAGCUUCAUAACAGUGGGAGAAAAAUCAUAAAGAGGAAACGGAUCACCAUCUCAACUCUUAAAUAAUAAGAAAUCUCACAAUCAACCACUCUGAUAAUAAUUUACUCAUAUAACUAUAAUAAUAAUAAAAAAAAGAAGGGAAAGAUUUAAUAAGAAAUAAGAAUAAGAAAUCUCACAAUCAACCACUCUGAUAAUAAUUUACUCAUAUAACUAUAAUAAUAAUAAAAAAAAGAAGGGAAAGAUUUAAUAAGAAAUAAGAAUAAGAAAUCUCACAAUCAACCAUUCUGAUAAUUUACUCAUAUAAUAAUAAAAAAAAGAAGAAGGGAAAGAUUUAAUAAGAAAUAAGAAAUAAGAAUAAGAAAUCAACCAUUCUGAUAAUAAUUUACUCAUAUAACUAUAAUAAUAAAAAAAAAAGAAGGGAAAGAUUUAAUAACAGAUAUCAAUAAUAGAUUAAAUGGUAAAAGAAGUAGUAACAAAGUAGAGAUAAUACUUGGUAAUAUAGGAUGUUCAAUCGAACAAUUUCAAUGGAGCUCGUGGAGCAGUUUUAAUAGACAAUUUUAUCCCCUAACGAGAAGGAAGUUAUUUCUUUCUUUUUCUUUUUUUUUUCAAAACGGUGAAAAGGAAGUCACGAAACACGGCGAACCACUACGAUAUCCACUACACGGGCUCGUACGCGUACAGCAACGGAGCACCGAGCGUGUACAGCAGCCACUAUCCGGCGAACGGUGGCUUCGUGCAACCUCAUCUUCAUGAAGACUACCGGCCGAUUUAUUUUUACGUAGCGCAACCUUAUACUAUUCCGUAUACAUUUGCGAAGAGGCCGAGGCCCCCGUCGUUGUUAAGAUCUGGGAAACCACGGAGUAAUUGUCGCGUCAAAUUCUCCAAGAGGCUCGGCAAUAAUAACGAUUUCUCGCAGAAGGUCAAACAAGGAGAGUUCUCGAGGAGUCUUAGUCAGGUUCACUUCGUUGAGAAUCAAGGACAAGUGAUCUCAAACUAUCCGAAGACUGGGUUGCCUCGUGAUCCAAGGAUGACGUCUAUGUUUCGAAGGGGCACGAUAUUUGCCACGUUUUUCCUUUCGUUGCUGGGCGGUGGGCUAGUCUGCGCCGCAUUGGUGACGCAACAUUGGGUGGAAGCACGACCCUUCAGAACUCCAAACCCUCAAGAAAGUGCAGGCAGAGUUCACUUCGGCCUUCUUCAAGGGAAGAAGGAAUUGAACGUCGCUUAUGGCUGGAGAACCUAUCAUAUUUCGGUGCCUCAAAUGAUCAAGCAAGAUCCCACAGUGAUGUCCUGGGGACUUUGGAUAAGUACUUUAACGACAACCUCGGCUGCACUUGUCACUGCUGGUCUAGCUGCUUUACUCGCUGUUUUGAAUACAGCUACUUCACCUAGAUCCAAGAUCCUUUCUGAUCCUGGAGUAUAUUUCAUAAAUAUUUUAACAUUAUUAAUGUGUAUGGCGAGCACGAGCACUUGGUUGGCGCAAUAUUACACAAAGCUGUACUUCAAUGUGCUUCCUAAGGAGGAUAUUGAUAAUAUGUGGACUAGUGAAGGUUCUGCUGAGCUUGGUUAUUCAUUUUGGCUCGUUGUAUGCGCUGGUGUAGUACAUUUAAUCAGCAUAGCAUUAGUUGGUUGGGGUUCAGGACGAGACAAGAUCGAACGUCUGGAGACAAUUCCGGCAUUGGAGGAAAAGACUGCUGCGGCAAUAAUGCUGUAUUGAACUUUGGGACUCUUGAGACAGAUCUCAGAGACAAGAAAUCCA